GCCAUGGCAACACAAUAAACGCCUUGGACGUAUUUUUGGAGACACCAGGGCAUGCCAGUAUCUUGGACCAUCGAGUUGGCGUAUCAUGAGCGAAGAAACCUGCGCGAAUCCCCUACUACUAGGGUGGAUCAAGGAAUGGCUGGAUCAGGCGAGAGAGCGGAAUAGCAACGGAUUUACAGUAUACAAAAAAGCUUAUGAAUCGAUGAAAGCAUGUCCGUUGAUUUUCCAACAUCCGUCUGAAGCUCAGCAGUUGAAUGGACUCGGGCCGAAGCUAUGUGACCGGUUGACGGACAAACUGAAGGAGUACUGUGCGCAGAAUGGGCUUCCUGAACCUGAACCACCUCAUAAGAAAAGCAAAAGAUCCUCCGACGAAGGCCUCCCAGAAGACCAACCCGCAAAGAAACCACGCAAACAAAAAGCCUACGUCCCAGCUUUACGAUCAGGUCCAUACGCCUUAAUCCUGGGACUGGGAACUCUGAAUGAGAAUGCGUCACAGAGCAUGACGAAAGCGCAGUUGAUCGAAGCGGCACAGCCAUACUGUGAUAGCUCGUUCACGGUCCCGCCUGAUCCUACCAAAUUCUACACGGCUUGGAACUCGAUGAAAACUUUGGUACAGAAGGAUUUGGUCUAUGAGCAUGGACGACCGUUGCGGAAGUAUGCGCUUACGGAGGAGGGGUGGGAGGUUGCGAAGAGGAUUCAGAAGACUUUGCCGGGGGCGGGGGCAGGGCAGUCGACGUUGUCUUUUGGGGGAACCGACGAAAGAGCAAGUGCCGGCCCCUCAAACCCCAGACAGCAACGAGCCCCAUCAACACUCACCGACAUCGACACCAACCUCGACACCCAAACAUCAACAUCCCAACACCCCACCGUCAUCCCCGAAACCCUAGACGAAGACCAAGAAGACCAAAACCCAUACAAUCUAGGAAUAGGCACCGCAGACGGCUCUAACAUAACCCCCAUCCCCCUCGCACCGAAAUCCUUCACAAUCCAACUCAUCCUCGACACCCGCGAAGUCCGCGCCUCCAAAGACCGCGACUACAUCUCCAACGAACUCACGAAGCGAGGCGUUACCCCUGAAGUCCGCGCCCUGGAACUCGGUGAUGCGAUGUGGGUAGCCAAGAUCCACGACCCGAGUAUACUAUCCCGGCACGGCGAAGAAAACGCCAAUGACGAGAUCAUGCUAGACUGGAUCGUUGAACGGAAACGUCUUGACGACCUCGUCGGCUCGAUAAAAGACGGCCGCUUCCACGAGCAAAAAUUCCGUCUUCGACGCUCAGGAAUCAAAAACGUAAUCUACCUCAUUGAAGAAUUCACAGUCACGCAGGAUAGCACAAUGGCAUCGAAAUACCACGAAAUGGUCGCCUCAGCAAUCGCAACAACACAAGUCGUCAACGGCUACUUUGUCAAGAAAACGCGUGAUCUGGACGAUACAAUCCGCUACCUAACACGCAUGACCUUCCUGUUACAGAAAAUGUACGACGACUCGACAAAAACACUCUCCUUCCUGCCUACUUCCCAGAUCUCCUCGUCGCAGGCAUAUCUCUCCACACUGGAGCGGUUACGACCCCAGAACCCCUCGACGACAUACGGCGUGACGUUCUCUACUUUCUCGGCGCUGAGUUCGAAAUCAGAUGUCCUUGCCCUCCGUGACGUGUUUCUAAAAAUGCUCAUGUGUAUCCGGGGCGUGACUGGUGAUAAAGCGCUAGAGAUACAAAGGCGCUGGCGCACACCUAGGGAGUUGGUGGAGGCGUUUCAGGCGCUUGAUCCGAGGGAUCGGGAGGAUAUGGUUGCGGAGAGCAUGAAGGGGAUGGUGGGGAGGAAGAAAAUCAUGAAGGCGUUGAGUAAGAAGAUUGCGGAGGUUUGGGGGGAGUUGGGGUAAUGGAAUGUUGUUUGGUUGGUGUUGGGGUUUGGUAUUUUAUGAUUGGGAUGGUUAUUCUUGAACUAUAUGGAUGGGUGUAGUUGG